UUUGAACGACUCAAACUUUCCGGAUUCACAAUUCAACGUUUCCUGAUAUUUAUCAUUGGUUCUACACUACAGGUGUUCGUUUCUUUCAGUGGAAUCACAAAAUGGCAGUCUUUGGAAGCAAGAAGUUUCGCGGAGCGGCAGAGUCGAAUACCCUUGCCGCAAGAUAUCGCAGCGCUCUAGCCAAACAUCCAUUUGCCCUCUUCGGUCUACCAUUCAUUGCAACUAUGGUAGCUGGAUCUUUCUUCCUUACUCCUGCCACAGCUAUCCGAUACGAGAAACAUGAUAAACGUGUGCGAAGAGUAAGCAAAGAAGAGGAGCUAGGAAUUGGUAAGACUGGAAGGCGAGUGGAUAUGAAAGAAGAAUACUAUAGACUCGCCGCGAAAGAUUUAGAUGAUUGGGAACAAAAGAGAGUCAAGAGACUUCCGGGAGAACAUGAUGGUAAAUUAUAGGGUGAUAUUUGCCAAGGAGGAAAAGAGAAAGAAAGAGAGGUCGCAGAACAAAACUCGAACUCGAAUAGUUAUGCAGACUGCGGCUCAACCACUUCGAGUUGUGUGAACUUUAAAAAGCUACUUCGCCAUCUCGGAUGAUAACAUGAGCGAUACAAAGUCCUGGCCAAAUAAUAAAGGCAUCAUCAAAACAUACAUGACAACGCCUUAGGUAGUAGGUCCAGACAUGCUCCAUCGGAGGAGCUCUUGAUUAGGUCAAGAAAACUCAUUCCACCCAUUUUUGAAUCAAGAUACGAGUCAGAACUCAAUCUACGUAUGGAAUUUGAAUCU